UCGGCAAGAGGUCAAAGGAAAACGGACUCCAUUUCCCAGAAUCCCUCGGGAGAUCACGUCACAGCACAACGUCCUUCAGAGAUGGAGGACAACACGGACUCCAUUACCCAGAGUUCUAGGGAAACUCACGUGAUCACUGACUCUCAAACACGCUCCUAUCAGAGAUCUAGUUCCCCUGAAUACUGAUGUGUCACACCUGUGUAGGAUGUCAUAUGACUCAAGCUGUUUAGUUUAUAAGCCCGGGCUUUAGGUAGGCAAAUUGCGAAGUAUUGUUUCCUUGAGAACUACUGAGCGUUUGUAUUCAUAUGACCGAUACUCUGUUUUUGACCUGUGCUUUGUUUGUCUGGAUUCUGCCUCUUGUCUUACCCUUUGGAUACUUUUGCCUGUCUUUGCUGACCUGUGUUUUUUGACCCCUUUUUCUGUUAUUUGGAUUACGUUUUUGCUCUGCCCUCUUUGGAUUGUUCGCUUGGUAUUUUUUGAAUACACUUUGGCCUAGAGUGAUUGAAACUACUGCUCUCGUUAUUUUUUAUCCGCGAGCGUCUGUUUUUUUUCUGUCAACACGUUACAUCAUCAUUCGGUCACUGUGAUGAGCUCUAAGCUAGAAAGUCAUUUGUUCUAACACAUCAUUUCACCCAAUAUCAGGAAAAAACUGAUGUUACCUGGGAUCGAUGUUAUGUCAACUUGACAUCAAAGCUGAGAAAAGCAGCCUUCAUAGCAGACGGCACUACCGAAAUAGGCCUUUAUAAAUGUUUAUGUGGGUUUAUGUCAGUCAUAAUGAUUAUGUAGAUGUCAUGUAGUCUAAUGAACAGUGCUCUACUGUAAGGUGUUACCAAAAUCUCCAAAAUAAACACUUUUAUUGCUUUACUGUUUAAUGCUUUCUGAGCAGGGCUUUUCAAAUGAAGAGGAGCAUGUGACCACAGAGAAGCUGGUGAAGACGCAUGUCUACUCCAUUACAGGAGCAGAGGAGGUUAGCCUGGGUGGAAACCUGGUUCAGCUGGUGCGCCUCAGGAACCCCUGGGGACACAAAGAGUGGAACGGCGCUUGGAGCGAUAACUCCAAGGAAUGGAACCUUGUCCUGCCUGAGGAGAAGGCCAAACUCAAUUACUCCGCAGACGAUGGAGAGUUCUGGAUGUCAUAUUCAGACUUUAAAGAGCGCUACUCAGUGGUGGAGAUCUGUAACCUGACUCCAGAUGCUUUGUGCAUUGAUCAUGCUGGCCAGUGGGAAGCUAAGUCGUUUGAAGGCAGCUGGAAGCAAGGCUCUACUGCUGGCGGCUGCUAUAAAAAUGCAGCUACAUUCGGCUCAAACCCACAGUUUGUGGUAAAUGUGGACAAGGCCCAUGGCGGCGCCAAGAGUUGCUCCAUUCUCGUGAGUCUGAUGCAGAAAGACAUGCGCAAAGAGAAAAAGCUUGGACACAAAUUCUGCGACAUUUGCUUCGCUGUCUAUCCGGUUCCAUCAAAGUAUAAAGGCCGCAAGGAUGUCCACUUGAGUUCUGAGACACUGUCCCGCAUGAAGCCAGUCUUCAAAUCCAGACACUAUGAUAGGCGGGAAGUGAGCGAGCGCUUCGAUCUGCCACCUGGAGAGUACAUCAUCAUCCCCUCCACCUAUGAGCCAAACCAAGAGUGCAGCUUCCUGCUGAGGGUGUUCACUGAGAAGUAG